AUGGCAUCACUUUUUCGACCACCUGAAUCACAUAGAUCACAUUCCAAUGCACCAAAACUGAAAUUACCAUCAUUAAUCAAUGAUGUUUCCACACCAUCACCAAACCGUCCUAUUUUCAAAGAUAAGGAUGAACCAAAAACAUCUAUAUCCUACAAAGAAAACGUAUCAUUAGAUGUACCGAUUCAAACUGACAUGAUGACCAGCGGGCAGAAUAACACAAAAAGACAACUAUCACCCAACAUAUAUACACGUCCUACUAAUUCAAAACCUAACCAAGCUCCUUCAUUAUCUUUACCAACAAUAUCGCCUAUAUCAUCAACCCAUUCUUCAAAAUCACCAAUCACUUUGAAAAACAGGCCUCUUCCUCCACCAAUCCCACAACUGAAUAUAAAUAUAAUCUCUGAAAGUACUUCAACAAAAACGUCUAGAUCACUUUCAUCUCAAAGAAAUAGACGUCCAUCUCCACCUAUGGUUGAUGAAGAUUUGUCUAAUGCAUUGAAAAAUAUAUCCAUAACGGCAGGUUCUGAAACCAUCUCGAAAUUCCCAGUUCGAAUGAACAAUAAUGAUACACAUAUGAGUAAUAACAACAGCAAUAGUAGUAGUAACAAUAAUACUAGUAAUAGUAAUCAUAAUAGUAAUAAACCUUUAUAUUUAAUGGAUAACUUAGCAGAUUCUACAGACUCAUAUUUCUCCACAAUUAUUUCCUCAUAUGAAGAUGGAACAAGUGAGAGCACAAACAAUAGUCCACAGAAAAAUAACACUAAAUUAUCUAAUGUGAUAGAGCGUGAGUCGCAAGAAUUAGAUUCUAUACUCAUUCAAAGAGAUGUAGAUCAAUUAGAUGAAUCUGUUUGGAAAGAUGCCAACAUUAAAAAUCAAAUAGUCACAUUAGGAAUGUUAGGAGAAGGUGCAGGAGGAUCUGUGGCUAAAUGUAGAUUAAAAACAGGCAGUAAAAUAUUCGCACUUAAAACAAUCAAUAUUUUAAACACAGAUCCCGAAUUCCAAAAACAGAUAUUUAGAGAACUACAAUUCAAUAGAAGUUUCAAAUCUGAUUAUAUUGUAAGGUAUUACGGAAUGUUUAGAGAUGAAUUGAAUUGUUCAAUAUAUAUCGCUAUGGAAUACAUGGGUGGUAAAUCCUUAGAUGCAGUAUAUAAAAACUUACUGGCACGUGGAGGUAGAAUUAGUGAAAAAGUUCUUGGAAAGAUAGCUGAAGAUGUAUUAAGAGGGCUAUCCUAUCUACAUGAAAAGAAAGUUAUACAUAGGGAUAUCAAACCACAAAAUAUUUUAUUUAAUGAAAAAGGUGAAGUAAAAUUGUGUGAUUUUGGCGUUAGUGGUGAAGCAGUAAAUUCAUUAGCGACCACUUUUACAGGCACAUCCUUUUACAUGGCACCUGAAAGAAUCCAGGGUGAACCAUAUAGUGUUACAUGUGAUGUAUGGUCACUUGGUUUAACUAUUUUAGAAGUAGCCCAAGGCCAUUUCCCAUUUGGAUCAGAAAAGAUUACUGUCAAUAUUGCACCUAUUGAAUUGUUAGUCAUGAUAUUAACUUUUACACCAGAAUUAAGAGAUGAACCAGAGAACAAUAUUAGUUGGAGUAAUUCAUUUAAAUCUUUUGUCGAAUAUUGUUUGAAAAAGGAUCCAAAAGAAAGACCAUCUCCUAGACAAAUGUUGAAACAUCCAUGGAUACAAGGUCAAAUGAAAAAGAACGUUAAUAUGGCGAAGUUUAUUAAAAAAUGCUGGGAGGAUGAAUAA